AACGGACGACGAAAAGAGAAACCAUUUCAAAAUCACCAACUUACCUCGUGUAUCAUUCUUCUCCCAGCCACGUCAGGACUAGGAUCGCCCUUCCAUAAUUUUUCUAAACGUUUGACUUUGUAAUUCAUCAAAAAUGUUCUGGGGUCUGAUCAUCGAGCCUGGCAAGAAGUAUUCGCAAACUGUUGAUAGUUCUUUCCACAUUUCUAAAGCCACUCUUGAUUUAAGUUCUGCAAAUGAUGAAGACAUUACCCUUCUGCUGGACUACGAGGGACAACAGGAGUACAUUCUGUGUCACCUCAACAAAAGCAACAAGCAAGAAUGCUUAGAUUUGAACUUCCAGGCUGGAGAUAGCAUCUCACUCUUUUCUCAUGGUCAAGCAUCAAUCCAUCUCUCAGGAUAUCUGCUGGGUGAUGAUGACGAUGAUGAAAUGACUUUGGGAGACAUGAUGGAGGAGGAAGAAGAAGAUGACGAUGAGGAAGAGGAUGAAGAUGUGGACGAGGAAAUGGAUAUUAAGGAUCUUCGUGCAUCUCUUGUAGCCAAAGCUGUAAAGAGGGCCCAACCUGAGAAGUCCAAAGAUGGCAAAGCCCAAAAGAAGGCCAAGGUAGAAAUUGAACAGGAAGAUGAUGAUGAUGAAGACGAAGCAGAGGAAGAAGAGGAACCCAAGCAGCCCUCCCCUAAACAACUAUCCAAAGCCCAAAAGAAGAAGGAAAAGAAGGCCCUGAAACAGCAGCAGUCACCUAAACCAGCAGGAGCUGCUCCUGCUCAACAGCCUCAAGUGAAGAAAGAAGGUGCCCCUCCAGCAGCCGAUAAAAAAACAAAAGCAGAGGCCCCCAAAUCACCAGCGAAACAGACAUUGCCAGGCGGUCUUGUCGUUGAAGACUUGAAAGUUGGAAGCGGUCCGGAAUCCAAGAAGGGAGAUAUGGUGGCUGUCUACUACUGUGGAAAACUAGCGAAAAAUGGAAAGCAGUUUGACCAGACUAAUAAAGGCCCUGGAUUCAAAUUCAAGCUUGGACAAGGACGUGUAAUUAAAGGAUGGGAUCUAGGUGUUGCCGGAAUGAAAGUUGGAGGAAAGAGGAAGUUGACCAUUCCAGCUUCAUUGGCCUACGGUGCUGGAGGUGCUCCUCCACAAAUUCCUCCCCACAGCACUCUUGUUUUCGAUGUUGAACUUAAGGCUCUUAACUAAAUUAAAUCGUGCUUUCAAUCUUGCUUGCUAUUGUCUGAAUUGAUGUUUCGAAGAAUUUGCAUAACGUAAUCGUAUUGUGCACUCACAAAGACCCUUCACAGUAAAUAGACAUGGAUCAAACAA